CGCCUUCCGCCGGGGUUGCGCCGCCACGGAGGCUUCACGUGGUCCGGCCCGUCUGUGCGCCGAGGGCGGUCCUGCGGCGAUUGCCUUACGUACGCCGCGGCAUGACGUCAUACGUAGGGGCUGGCUAGCCGCCAUCUUGCUUCUUUUUCUCGCUCGCUCUCUCCCUCUCGGGCGGCAGCGAAAGUGCUUUGGCGGUUUGUCCAUCCGCAGCUGCGGCUCUGCCAGUCGGGUGGCCCUUCAGCCACCUGCUUCCUGGGAUCAGAGCUCGCGGAGACCCUCGAAGUGCACACACACGCUCGGCUCGACACCCUGGCCGACUGGUUUUAAGGGGUGUGGCCGGCCGUUUUGGACUCGAUGAGUUUCCACCGAAAUGUCGGAGAAGUCAGGCCAGAGUACAAAAGCAAAGGAUGGGAAAAAGUAUGCGACACUCAGUUUAUUUAAUACUUACAAGGGUAAAUCAUUAGAAACUCAGAAAACCACAGCUCGACAUGGAUUACAGAGUCUUGGAAAAGUUGGUAUUUCACGACGCAUGCCUCCACCCGCUAACCUCCCAAGUCUCAAAGCAGAAAACAAAGGCAAUGAUCCUAACGUGAACAUUGUACCUAAAGAUGGCACGGGAUGGGCAUCAAAACAAGAGCAGCAUGAAGAAGAAAAAACACCAGAAGUUCCACCAGCACAGCCAAAACCUGGGGUUGCAGCUCCCCCAGAAGUAGCACCUGCUCCAAAAUCAUGGGCCAGUAACAAGCAAGGUGGGCAAGGAGAUGGAAUCCAGGUGAAUAGUCACUUUCAGCAAGAAUUUCCCAGCUUGCAGGCAGCUGGGGAUCAGGAAAAAAAAGAAAAAGAAGCAAAUGAUGACAACUAUGGACCUGGACCCAGUUUACGCCCACCAAAUGUUGCUUGUUGGAGAGACGGUGGUAAGUCUGCUGGCUCACCCUCAACAUCUGACCAAGAUGAAAAGCUUCCUGGCCAGGAUGAAAGCACAGCUGGGUCAUCAGAGCAAAAUGACAUCCUCAAAGUAGUAGAAAAGAGGAUAGCUUGUGGUCCUCCACAGGCUAAACUGAAUGGACAGCAGCCUGCCCUGGCUUCCCAGUACCGAGCUAUGAUGCCUCCUUAUAUGUUUCAACAGUAUCCGAGGAUGGCAUAUCCUCCUCUUCAUGGUCCCAUGAGGUUUCCACCUUCUUUAUCUGAAACAAACAAAGGCCUUCGAGGAAGAGGCCCACCUCCUUCAUGGGCCUCUGAGCCUGAACGCCCCUCCAUCCUUAGUGCAUCAGAACUGAAGGAGCUUGAUAAAUUUGAUAAUUUAGAUGCUGAAGCAGAUGAAGGUUGGGCAGGUGCCCAGAUGGAAGUAGAUUAUACAGAACAGCUGAAUUUCAGUGAUGAUGAUGAGCAAGGAAGUAAUAGUCCUAAAGAAAACAACAGUGAGGAUCAAGGUUCCAAAGCCUCUGAAAACACUGAGAUUCGAAAAGAAGCAGAUGAGGGGAGCAGUACUAAAUCAUCAUCUCAGAUACCUACCCAGCCACCAGUAGCGAAAGCUCCUUAUGGGAAAGGACUGCCAUUUAACCAGGAACGUGGACCAUCUUCUCACCUGCCACCGCCCCCCAAGUUGCUUGCACAGCAGCAUCCUCCUCCGGACCGACAGGCAGUACCUGGAAGACCAGGCCCUUUCCCCCCGAAGCAGCAAGUACCGGACGAAGAUGAAAUAUGGAAGCAAAGAAGAAGGCAGCAGUCAGAACUCUCUGCAGCUGUGGAGCGCAAACUGAAACGAUUAAAUGAGAAGCUGGGCAUCGUGGACAAGCAGCCAUCUCCAGAGGAAAUUAGAGAAAGGGAGCGAGAAAAAGAACGGGAGCGGGAGAAAGAACUUGAAAAAGAACAAGAACGGGAGCGGGAGAAGGAAAGGGAAAGGCAACAGGAGAAGGAGAGAGAACUGGAGAGAGAGCAGGAAAAACAAAGAGAAAUGGAGAAGGAAAAAAGGCAAGAAAAAGAGAAAGAACUAGAACGGCAGCAGGAAAAGGAAAGAGAACUAGAACUGCAGAAGCCAAAAGAGCAAGAAAAGGAAUGGGAGUUGGAGAAGAAAGAAAGGGAGAAAGUGGAGGAAAAAAUUGAACAUAAAGAACCUGCUUUAGAACCUGUGGUAGAAAAAACAGAAAAUGAGAACUGUAAUAAAGAGGAUGACCCGGUUUUCACUAGACAAGACAGCAAUCGCAGUGAAAAAGAAUCCACACAAGUGGCACAUGAAACAGAACCAGAAUCAGGGUCUCAACCCCGGCCUGCUGUUUUAUCUGGUUAUUUUAAACAGUUUCAGAAGUCUUUACCACCACGAUUCCAGCGGCAGCAGGAACAGAUGAAACAGCAGCAGUGGCAGCAGCAGCAGCAACAAGGUGUCCUUCCCCAGGCGGUCCCUUCACAGCCAUCUGGGGCUGCCGUCCCUCCUCCGCCACACCGACCUCUGUACCAGCCCAUGCAACCCCACCCUCAGCACUUGGCUUCCAUGGGCUUUGAUCCAAGGUGGCUCAUGAUGCAGUCAUACAUGGAUCCUCGAAUGAUGUCAGGUAGACCUGCUAUGGAUAUGCCUCCCAUUCAUCCUGGAAUGAUUCCUCCUAAGCCUUUGAUGAGAAGAGACCAGAUGGAAGGUUCAGCCAACAGUUCUGAGUCAUUUGAGCAUAUAGCUCGAUCUGCAAGAGAUCAUGCGGUUUCCCUCUCUGAGCCUCGUAUGAUGUGGGGGUCAGAGGCCUAUCCUCAUACGGAGCCUCAGCAGGCCACUGCUCCUAAGACAGCAGAAGAACCUGAAGGUGUAAGGUCUGAAGCCACGCUGGAUCAGGAACCGAUCACUGCUGCUUAUCCUGUAGAACAUAGUCAGUUAGAGGCCCAUCCAAAGGCAGACUUUGUUAGAGAAUCAGGUGAGGCCGAAGUACAGAAGGUUUUAAGCAGGUCUGUGGAAGACAUUAAACCUCCCCACUCUGACACAGUCAGUCAGUCUGCUUGCUUUGAUGUUCCUGAUCAGAAGACUAUAUCCACUCCUCAAGAAGAGCGGAUUUCAUCGGGAGAAAAUCAGCCUGCCCGAAAAAGAAGCGUAUCCCAUGGAUCUAACCAUACUCAAAAAUCAGAGGAGCAAAGAAACGAGACAUCUGCCAGCAUUCCUAAAGUAACCAGCAGGGGCAUUGAUUCAAAAGAACCAGCAGAAAGGUCAGAGGAAAAACCAAAAAAAGAUGGCUUUCUACGAUCUUCUGAAGGACCAAAACCAGAAAAACUGUAUAAAUCUAAAUCGGAAACUCGUUGGGGCCCGAGGCCAAGCUCCAGCAGGAGAGAAGAAGGUAAUGACAGGCCUGUGAGAAGGUCAGGUCCCAUUAAAAAACCUAUCCUUAGAGAUAUGAAAGAGGAACGAGAGCAGAGGAAGGAGAAAGAAGGAGAAAAAGGAGAAAAGGUCACUGAGAAGGUUGUAAAACUGGAAAAAACUGAAAAGAAAGAUCCUCUUCCUCCACCGCCACUACCCGCAGCACCUAUUCAGCCACAGGCCGUUCCACCACCACCUCAACCAGAACCAGAGAAAUUUCCUUCAACAGAAACUCCAACUUUGGUGCAAAAGCCACCUCCAGACACUGAGAAGCCUUUGGAACCUGUAAGUAGUGCUGAGAUAGAGCCUGCAACUAAAACUGUAAGUCAGACUGUAACAGCACCAACAGUUAAAGAAGAAAAACAACCUGAGAAAGUUGUCAGCAAAGACCUUGUCACAGAGAGGCCUCGGUCAGAUUUAAGGCCAGUAAUUAAAAAAGAAUCCGCCCAACCUCCUAGGACCUAUUGGAAAGAAGCGAGAGAUAGAGAUUGGUUUCCAGAUCAAGCAUACAGAGGCCGAGGCCGAGGAGAAUAUUACUCCAGAGGCCGAAGCUAUAGAGGCUCUUACGGAGGGCGGGGCCGUGGUGGCAGAGGGCACACUCGAGAGUAUCCUCAGUACAGGGACACUAAGCCUCGCACAGAGCAUGUGCCCUCAGGACCUCUCAGACAGCGAGAGGAAAGUGAAACUCGCAGUGAGAGCUCCGAUUUUGAAGUUGUUCCCAAAAGAAGACGACAGCGAGGUUCCGAGACUGACACCGACAGUGAAAUUCAUGAAAGUGCAAGUGACAAGGACAGUUCAAGCAAAGGAAAGUUUCCCAAAAGAGAAGACCGGUCUGAAAACAAAAAACUUGUAAAGCCUCAAUCUUCUUACAAGCCUGAAAAUCAUGUCCGAAUAGAUAAUAGACCUCUAGACAAACCGUACAUAAGGGAUGAUGACAAAUCUAAACCAGGCUUCCUUCCUAAAGGAGAGCCCACCAGGCGAGGCAGAGGGGGGACAUUCAGACGCGGUGGGAGGGACCCUGGAGGACGCCCCUCGCGCCCUACCACCUUACGGAGACCUGCCUAUCGGGAAAAUCAGUGGAACCCAAGGCAGGCAGAAGCUCCUAAACCAGAUGAUGGAGAGCCACCAAGAAGACAUGAGCAAUUUAUUCCUAUACCAGCUGAUAAGCGACCUCCAAAAUUUGAGCGAAAAUUUGACCCAACUAGAGAGAGGCCUCGAAGGCAGCGUCCUACCCGACCACCCAGGCAAGAUAAGCCUCCUCGAUUUAGACGGCUCAGAGAGAGGGAGGCGGUCUCAAAAACCAAUGAGGUGGCAGUGCCCACAAAUGGCACAGUGAGUAACGUGGUUCAAGAACCAGUGAGUACUGCUGGGGAUGUUUCUGGGAAUAAGACUCCAGACUUGUCUAACCAGAACUCUUCAGAUCAGGCAAACGAAGAAUGGGAAACAGCCUCAGAAAGCAGUGAUUUCAAUGAGAGGCGGGAGAGGGAUGAAAAAAAACGCGCUGAUUUGAAUGCACAAGCUACUGUGAAGGCCGGAGAGACUGUUUCAGCCCCCAAAAGAGAAAUAGCAAAGAGAAGUUUUUCUAGUCAAAGACCUGGCGUGGACCGCCAGAAUCGGCGUGGCAACGGAGGUCCACCCAAAUCUGGGAGGAAUUUCUCAGGUCCUAGAAAUGAAAGAAGAAGUGGCCCACCAUCCAAAAGUGGGAAGCGAGGGCCAUUUGAUGACCAGUCUGCAGGCACAACUGGUGUUGAUCCUGUCAAUGGCAGCUCUGCACACCACCAGGAAGGAACACCUAAUGGAACAGGACAAAAGAACUCCAAAGAUUCUGCAGGGAAAAAAAGAGAAGACCCAAAACCAGGCCCUAAGAAACCCAAAGAGAAAGUAGAUGCACUGUCACAAUUUGAUCUCAACAAUUAUGCAAGUGUUGUUAUAAUUGAUGACCAUCCGGAAGUAACGGUAGUUGAAGACCCACAGUCAAAUUUGAAUGAUGAUGGUUUUACUGAAGUGGUAUCCAAAAAACAACAAAAACGUUUACAGGAUGAGGAACGCCGGAAGAAGGAAGAACAGAUCAUACAGAUCUGGAACAAAAAGAAUGCCAGUGAGAAAGGAAGAAGUCAGACUUCUAAGCUUCCUCCAAGAUUUGCCAAAAAACAAUCUACUGGGACCCAGCAAGCCCAGUCUCCAGCUCCAGCCUCAGCCCCAGGUCCAACUUCAACCUUGCCUUCAGGUCCAGUUUUAGCCUCACCCUCGGCCACAGCUGUAUCUGCAUCUCCAGUCCUAACUUCAACUUCCACUCCACUCCCAACUCCAGCGUCAGCUCCUACUCCAGCCUCCACUUCAGCUCCAACCUCUUCUUCAGUUCCAGCUCCAACCCCAAUCCUUGCCUCAGCUUCAAAUCCAGCCACUGUCCCCAUUCUUGCCUCAGCCUCAAUCCCCAUUCUUGCUUCAGCCCUACCACCAACUUCAGCAACACCUCCAGCUAGCUCAGCCCCAACAGUCCCAGCCAGUUCGGCCCCAACUGCCCCAGCCAGUUCGGCCCCAGUCCCAACCCCAGUCUCACUUCCAACCCCAGCCCUUGUCACAGUCACAAUCCCAGGCCCCACUGCCCCAGCCCAAACUCAGGGACAGACUCACAAACCAGUCCAGAGUCCCUUGCAGACUACAGCACAGUCUUCAAAACAGCCACCACCUUCAGUUAGACUGCCUUCAGCUCAAACACCCAAUGGCACAGAUUAUGCAGCCACAGGAAAAUCCAUCCAGGCCUCACAGUCACAUGGCACUCUUACAGCUGAAUUAUGGGAUAACAAGGUGGCCCCACCCACUGUGCUGAAUGAUAUCUCUAAGAAAUUAGGGCCCAUUAGUCCACCACAGCCACCUUCCGUCAGUGCCUGGAAUAAGCCUCUAACAUCGUUUGGAUCAGCUACUUCAUCAGAGGGAACAAAGAAUGGUCAAGAAAGUGGAGUUGAAAUUGGAAUUGACACAAUUCAGUUUGGUGCUCCAGCUUCAAAUGGGAACGAAAAUGAAAUUGUUCCUGUGCUUUCGGAAAAAACUGACAAAAUUCCUGAACCUAAAGAGCAACGGCAGAAGCAGCCACGGGCAGGCCCCAUCAAAGCCCAAAAGCUUCCAGAUUUGAGUCCAGUAGAAAACAAAGAACAUAAACCUGGUCCUAUUGGAAAGGAACGCUCAUUAAAAAAUAGAAAAGUAAAAGAUGCCCAACAGGUGGAGCCAGAAGGACAAGAGAAACCAAGCCCUGCUGCAGUCAGAAGUGUAGACCCGGGGACAGCAAAGGAAACCAAAGCCGCUUCAGAAAUGUCUACUGAAAUAGGAACGAUGAUCUCAGUGUCAUCCACAGAAUAUGCCACUAAUGUGAAGGAGUCUGUAACAGACUACACUACACCUUCUUCUUCUCUGCCUAACACUGUGGCUACUAAUAAUGCAAAGAUGGAGGAUACUUUGGUUAAUAAUGUGCCCCUGCCCAACACCCUUCCCCUCCCUAAGAGGGAGACUAUACAACAGAGCUCCAGCCUAACUUCAGUUCCUCCCACUACUUUCAGCCUCACCUUCAAGAUGGAGUCUGCACGGAAGGCUUGGGAGAAUUCUCCAAAUGUGCGUGAAAAGGGAUCUCCAGUAACUUCCACAGCUCCUCCAAUUGCCAGUGGUGUCAGCAGCAGUGCCAGUGGCCCGAGCAGUGCUAAUUACAACUCCUUCUCCAGUGCGUCCAUGCCUCAGAUCCCUGUUGCCUCGGUCACCCCCACAACGUCACUGUCAGGAGCUGGUACAUACACUACCUCUUCUCUGAGUACAAAAUCUACAACCACAUCAGACCCUCCUAAUAUUUGUAAAGUGAAGCCCCAACAAUUACAGACAAGCAGCCUGCCUUCCGCAAGUCAUUUUUCACAGUUAAGCUGUAUGCCUUCCCUCAUUGCCCAGCAGCAACAGAGUCCACAGGUCUAUGUGUCUCAGUCCGCAGCAGCUCAAAUCCCAACUUUCUAUAUGGAUACCAGUCAUUUAUUCAAUACCCAGCAUGCACGAUUGGCUCCACCAUCAUUGGCUCAGCAGCAAGGCUUCCAACCAGGUCUUUCUCAGCCCACUUCGGUUUAGCAGAUCCCGAUUCCUAUUUACGCACCACUGCAGGGGCAGCACCAAGCCCAGUUGAGUUUGGGUGCUGGACCCGCUGUUUCCCAGGCCCAGGAAUUAUUCAGUUCUUCCCUUCAACCGUAUAGAUCUCAGCCGGCCUUUAUGCAGAGCAGCCUGUCCCAGCCAUCUGUGGUCCUUUCUGGUACUGCCAUCCACAAUUUCCCAGCUGUCCAGCACCAGGAACUUGCCAAGGCGCAGUCGGGUCUUGCGUUUCAACAAACUUCCAGUACUCAGCCAAUUCCUAUACUGUAUGAACAUCAGCUGGGUCAGGCAUCGGGACUGGGAGGCUCCCAGCUGAUCGAUACACAUCUUCUCCAGGCUAGAGCAAAUCUUACCCAGGCUUCAAAUCUUUAUUCUGGACAAGUACAACAGCCUGGUCAGACAAAUUUUUAUAACACUGCCCAGUCACCGAGUACUCUCCAGCAGGUUACAGUACCUUUACCAGCAUCCCAGCUUUCCUUGCCUAACUUUGGAUCCACGGGACAGCCUUUAAUUGCUCUGCCUCAGACUCUUCAGCCUCCGUUACAGCACGCUGCCCCCCAGGCACAGGCCCAGAGCUUGAGUCGCCCUGCACAAGUCAGCCAGCCUUUCAGGGGAUUAAUCCCUGCUGGAACCCAGCACAGCAUGAUCCCAACCACGGGGAAAAUGUCUGAAAUGGAACUAAAAGCCUUUGGAAGCGGCAUUGAUAUAAAACCAGGCACACCUCCAAUCAGCGGAAGAAGCACCACACCCACCUCUAGUCCCUUCCGGGCCACUUCCACAAGUCCGAACAGCCAGUCCAGCAAAAUGAGCAGCAUUGUCUAUCAGAAGCAGUUCCCGUCAGCCCCUGCCACUGUGAGAAUGACACAGCCUUUUCCUACACAGUUUGCACCCCAGGCAAAGCAGAGAGCAGAGGUUCUUCAGUCCACGCAGCGCUUCUUCUCUGAACAACAACAGAGCAAACAGAUAGGGGGCAAGGCCCCGAAGGUGGACGGCGACUCCAGCAAACCUCCUGAAGCACUGACUGAUGCUCCUGGUGUCUGUCAGGAGAAAGUAGAAGAAAAGCCUCCUCCUGCACCCACCAUGGCCACCAAACCUGUUCGGACUGGACCCAUCAAACCUCAGGCCAUCAAAACCGAAGAAACAAAAUCUUAAAAGGCUGUGGUUUAUUGCAGGCGCCUGGGGAGGGGAGAGGGGAAGAAGGAAGGAUGCAGACAGCUCAUGCCAGCAGCCGAAGGGGUAAAAUGGUCUGUGACACUAUCCUAUCCCGAGCUCGGAGGUGCAUGGGGGAUAUAGGAGCCAUUCACACUGACACAGGCCACACACGUACAACGAGGCUUUGCCAGCUCACACCCGCUACACAACACACCCUGUUGAUGGCCAUGCAUCUCAGUUUGGAUUUACAUACAAACACGUGCACACGUUCUUGGAGUAUGUACCACUUAGAACUCAGUCCUUAUGGUUAGAAUAAGACACCAGAAAUCAAGAAAGUAACACUGCAGAGGAGUAGCCCAGCCCAAAUAGCACCUGGUCCCAGCUGGUAACAGCUGUGACUCUCCCUUCCAGCCUGUGGAUGUGGUGGUGGCAUUGGUGGGCACAGUGAUGAGGAGCUGAAGAACUAGGGCUGCACAGAGAAGCCUACGUCUGCCCCGGGCAGCCUGCUGCUUUUAUAACAUGGUAAUUGAGUUGAACACAAAGUAUAGUAACUGAUCUCCCUUCUUCCUGGAUGAGCGAGCAACGGUGGUGAAAUAGUGGUGUCGGCACCUGAACAUGCUGGGUGAGCAGUGCCCGGCUACUGCUUCUUUUUGAAAUGAUGCUUUGCUUUGGUCGUGGCCCAAGCUGUGAAGUGUUGCUGGGCUUCUCCUGUGGAGUGCUGAUCACUCACACAAUAUUCACACAGCGGGUAAAUAUUGGUUGGGGCGAGUCUUGCCUGCCUCCACUUGGUCAUCUUUAUAUGAAUCCAAUGAGGUGCGUGCGGGGGGGAUUAUUGUUUUUGUUUGUUCGUUUUGGUCUUUCUGAAACGGUUUUUAGGUGAUAUUCAUGAAGGGCAGUCAGUACCUAGAACUGUGCCACUAAUGAGAGGAAAACCUGUCUGAGAAGGUGCGUCUUCCCAGAGCUGCCGUCCCACCCUUGGGGCCUCUGGUGGGAAA